CUAGCUAGCUAUUUCAACUGAGUCGCCUACGUCACCGCGUGGCCCCGCCCACUUCGCCCUAGUCCCCUCCCCAUCGGUAGAACGAAGAAGCCAUUUUUGUUUCAUGUCUGAAAACCUUCGUUGACUAGAGAAUUUGAUGCAUCUUCGGCUCUGUGAAGACACCUGAAGCCUUUAUGCAUCCCAUCUUUGGAUGGGUACCAUGAAUUGUGACGAACCAAAUGUGGAGAGGGCUGUUCUCUCCUGGUCCAGAUUUGCUACAGCUGGCCAAACUGCCCUCAAGGAGGCCCUGAAGGUCUUCAAUCCCAUUUCGCAGGACCUCUCUGAGACAGAGAGGCAAAUGGUAUCUUUUCUUCAGGCAUUAAAAGAUGAAGGACGUAAACCAGUGGUGCUUAGAAGUAAAGAUGUAUAUGGAUACAGGUCUUGCACGACGCAACCGCUCACAACAGAGAUUGGCAGUAAGAUUCCGAGAGUACAAAAACCUUGUAAGAAACGAGGUCGGAAGACUUUGAUAAAGAACAAGGAGACCAGUUCGUCGGUUUUUGGUACAACCACCAAGGCCAUCUUACAAAACCAGCCCAAGAUUCUUCUCACCAAUCUCUCAGUAGAUACUCUCAAGCAGACUGUUUCACCCAAACCAUCAGUGCCGAUUCCAAGUUCUGUUCAAGUGCAGCAGUGCCUGAAAUUAACAAACAUAAAGGGUGUUACUGGGGGACAUACUGCAAGGCUGCAAAUUCACUUUGGUGCGGACUCACAAAGCCCGAUCGGUCCCAGUGUCUACUGCCCGCCAACUCUCUCUGGGAUACCACAUUCUCCUUCAGAAAACAUCACUCAAUCUUUAAAUGUAGUAGCGUUGGACAAUAAAAGAGCUUUGUCCUGUCCAGUCAAAGUGGAUGAUGCCCUCAUUGGAGAUUCUGCCCCAAUUGUUUGUCAAAAUGGUAUUAGUCUGAAAGAGGGUAAAAAGGUCCAAAUGAUAUCAGGUAAAUCUGGUGUUAUAAGCAAUGGUUUGAUCUGUGAGGACAGUGAUUCAAUGAGGAGGCUGAACUGCCAAGGUUUAGGUUGGUCUCAGCCAGCGCUCGUCACAAAUGGCCAAGACGUGUCUAAACUGAACGGAAAUAGUCUUCAGUGGAAAGUCAUCAAAGUGGACGAGUCUGUCACUGACGAGGAGGUGAGGAAAGAGGCUCAGAAAAUCUUGCGAGUCAACCUGUCACCCGUGAUACAGAUUCAUCCACUUGUCCACUCUGUAUAGACUAGAGAGAUCAAAACUGACUUUUAUAUCUACAUAUACUAUUAGAAUUUCUUAUACCGGGGCGUUACUUGGAUCAAAACAUGAUUAUUUCCGUCUGAGUGGGAGUCUUAUCUCAAAUUAUGCACAUUUCACAUGUAUGACCAACUUUGGUGAUCCAAAGAGGGAAAUUAGUUCUAUUUUCCGUUACAGUGUUUCUUUUAUUUGUUGGUAUUUUUGCCUUGAAUUUGACGAACUAAGCUAAAAGAAUUAACCACAUUGUUUCACUAUGCAGUGUUCCUCUAUGUCCUUCCCCCAUUUUGUUUGGAAUAGACUUCCUAAGAAACAGAUUUUACAAAUUAAAACAGAUUUCUAGUGUGACUCAAUGUAAGGUUGGUUUAUAGAGAUGACACACUAUUAUAAUUUGUUAUAUUUCAGUUUGCUCUUUUUUUUUUUUGUUUUUUUUUUUUUUAAAUGCUUUGGCUAUGUUUUUAUUUGUCCAAUGCAUAAAUCUGUAGGCAUAGACUGCAUAAUGUUUAAGUUGUAAUGGUACAUGGGGAAAGGAUUAGGUUUAUUCCCUACUAGAGCUACAGACAUGGUUGUCUUGUUUGUCCAACACCAUUGUAUAUUAAAGGUUCAAACAGUUUCUUCAGUUAAAGACAUUUUUUAGAAAGAAAGGUGUUAGAAUUCUUUCUGCUUCAACAGACCUGCUUUAAUCCAACAGCUAAUUGUCAAGCCCCCUCGUUCUGAGAGCAGACGUAUUCGAGCAGAGAAAAAUCAAAUCUGUGGUCUUGCUUUAUAGAACUGAAGCUGUACCUUUUUUUUUAUUUUCUCGAUGCUUGCCUGUAAAAAUGCAAGAGUAACAUCUAGUGAGAACUUGCUGCUAAUUUGAAUCUUAAGUUAAUUACCACAACUCUGGGAGACGGUUUCCUCCGAGACACUGAUCGGUUCUCCUCCUCCUUGUCUGCAUACACCAUAAACUUCAAGUGUUGCUGCAGGUUAAAGGGUGGAGUGUAGAGUGUAUGCUCAACCAUGAGAACUGGAAAUAGUGCAGGCCUGGUCAGGACUUAGCAGUCCAUUUUAAUUAAAAAGUCCUUACCCCUUGUACCAUUUAAUAGAUCAGGAGCGCUAAUGUAGUUUAAUUGUAUUACAGGGCAAAAAAAUAUGGCCUUACCUUUUUCUUUUCUUUCUUUUUUUUUUUUUUUUUUUUUUUUUUUUUUUUUUUUUUUUUUGAGAAAAUGUGACCAUGUAUUUUAUUUUGUAGAUCUCACUCCAUUUUUCUAAAUGAGACAACACUGGUAUUUUGGUGCUCAAUGAUUACAAUGUUGCCAUAGCCACUAGCAUUCACACUUGUUAUAAAUUGCUUCCAUCGACGGUAUACAACUUGAUUAAACUUUCCAUAAACAUAUAAAUGAACAUCAUCCUGGUUCCCAUUUUUAAAGUCUUGUCUAAUGGCUGAUCUGGGUGAGAGUUGAGCUUGCCAUCCUCUCAGCCUCUGUUCAGGUCCUUUCAGUGUAUUUAAGCCCAAAAACCCUAAACGUUUUUGGGUUUAAACAUCAAAACAUUUUAUGUCCUCCAUAUUGUCAACCCACAAACCAACAAAGUUUUUCCCAAAAAGAUUCUGGCUAUUUCGAGGUCGUAUAUACAUAUCUUUUUUUUUUUUUUCUUUUUUUUUUCCUCUAAUGAUUCUCUAUAUACAUAGCUUGAGCUUAGAUAUGGAUGUAUUUUUCAAAAUUAUUGCAGUGUAUAUGUCAGCAGAUGUUCAUGAUCUUUUGCAGAAUUUGCAGAAUCGAACUGUAAACUCUGAAAUACUGCAGUUUUUACAGAACUUAACCUGUGUACACAGUUGAAUCGUUUCAAAUGAGCAUUCAGUCGUUCCUCAUAACUUUGUUAUUGGAAAAAUUUUAUGUUGGGAGAAGGACAUUUUGCCGGAGGCCACAAAACACCUUUUUAAGGCUAUUUCAGUCUGCAACAGAAACCAGUGCUGAGACAUCCAGAACAACUUCAUCUUUUAUUACUGACUAAUCUUUUUCAUUCAGUUGAAUCUGUGACCUUGAACUGUAAAAUGUCAGUGUUGUAUCUUUAGUUAAUAAGAAGUUGUGAAUUAAAGUAUUUAAAAAUGA